AUGUACACACUCAACAACAUCGCCACACAUCACUUCGCCGGCCCAGAGGACGUAUACGUCCUCGAUGUGAACCGCACAGAAGCCGGCCUCGCUGCCAUAUCCUCAGACCAGCAUUUAUCGCUGCUAAGUCCGGCACGGCUAUCCGACGGUCCUGUUGCGUCAUGGAAAACAGAGCACGGAAAUCUUACCACUUUGCGGAUAUUCGAUGGGAGUAACGCCCUCGUCUGCACGGCCGGUGAAGACGGGACAGUAGGAGUAUGGGAUCUGAGACUUCGAGGUGCAGAUGCUCGUGUUGCACAGUUCAAUGCUGCUCAAUCUCCCAUCUUAUCCAUGGCGUGCUCCCCAUCCACGCAAACCAUCGCCGUGGGCACAGAGCUGCAAAACCACACAGCAUCCAUCUUCCUCUGGGACGUGCGCUCCACGCCCUCCCCCAAAGCGCACUACCAAGAAGUUCACAGCGACGACAUCACCGAACUGGCGUUUCAUCCCACGCAGCCGGCCUUCCUGCUGAGCGGCUCGACAGACGGGCUGGUCAACAUAUAUGAUACGCGUAUCACGGAUGAAGAUGAUCUUACGCUGCAGACGUUCAACCACAACUCGUCUAUCCACCAUGCCAAGUUCCUUACUGACACGGAGGUCGUGGCCCUUUCGCACGAUGAGCAGUUCGCGCUGUAUGACAUGGAUGAGGGGAGGGAGAAUGGCGACGCGGCACAGAGCUGGGGUGAUUUGAGGGGUGUGCUGGGGUGUCAAUACGUUGCGGAUGUGAUGGGCAAGACGGACGGUAGUGGUGCGAUUAUCGGGGCCGGCGCACAAGAGAAACAAAUGUUUGAGCUUGUUUUCCUGGCGAGGAAUCAGGGACAGGGAGCGAAGUGGGUGCUUGAUCGGGAGGGGAGCGUGGGAUUACCCGGUGCGCAUGGCGAGGAGAUUGUGCGGUCAUUUUGCUUCUUUGAUGAUGCGCAGGUGGUGUUUACGGCGGGGGAGGAUGGCAAUGUCAAGGGUUGGAGGUAG